AUGCAACUAAGAAAAUGUAUAACUAGCAUACUUACUAUAAUUGAUGGAUUUACAAAGUUUGUGUGGAUUUAUCCAGUCAAGACUGUAACAGCAAAAGAAACUGUGGAAAAAUUGAGAUUACAUCAAAAGGAUUUUGGCAACCCACGGAGGAUUAUCACUGACCGAGGUACAGCAUUCACAGGCAGUGAGUUCCGAGAACAUUGUGAAGAAGAAGACAUCGAACAUGUUACAAUCACUACUGGAAUACCUCGUGGAAAUGGCCAAGUAGAACGCAUGAACAGUAUUAUUAUUUCUGCGUUGACAAAGAUGUGUAUUGAAGAACCUGGUCACUGGUACAAAUAUACAAGCAAACUACAACAAGUGAUAAACAGCACAUACCAGCGGGCAAUCUGUACUACGCCAUUCGAACUGUUAACAGGAGUGAAACUUAAACUGAAAGAAGAUUUAUCAAUUUUAGAAUAUUUAGAAGAAGAAAAUAGAUUGCAAUUUAUGAAUAGGAGAGAAGAAGCACGAAGAGAAGCCAAAGCUCAAAUUUUAAGAAUGCAAGAGGAGAAUAGAAAGACUUAUAAUAAACGACGUAAAGUAGGAGAAAUGUACAAGGUUGGAGAUCUUGUAGCUAUUCAAAGGACACAAUUUGGGAACGCCCUAAAAUUGAAACCUAAAUUUUAUGGACCAUAUCGCAUCACUAGGGAAAUGGGGAAG